ACGGGUAGGGGGCGGGUCCUGGGAGCUGAUGGCGACUGCGGGCUGAUGGUGUUGACGUCUCCUGAGCGUCCCAGAUAAACAAUGUCAUCCUUUCAAGAAGUUCCAUCAUCAAGCAGUGCCCUGCAGACUUCGAAUUUUGCACACGUAAUCUUUCAAAAUGUAGAAAAAAGUUACCUUCCUAAUGUGCACCUUGAAUGCCAUUACACUUUGACUCCAUAUAUACGCCCCCAUCAAAAGGACUGGGUUGGUAUUUUCAAGGUUGGCUGGAGUACGGCACGUGAUUAUUAUACAUUUGUUUGGUCACCUAUGCCUGAAAAUUAUGUGGAAGGAUCGACGGUUAACUGUGUGCUGUCUUUUCAAGGAUACUAUCUUCCAAAUGAUGAUGGUGAAUUUUACCAGUUCUGUUAUGUGACACAUAAGGGUGAGAUCCGUGGAGCAAGCACCCCUUUUCAAUUUCGAACAUCUUCUCCUGUUGAAGAACUGUUAACUAUGGAAGAUGAAGGGAAUUCUGAUAUGUUGGUGGUGACUACAAAAGCUGGACUACUUGAGUUCAAAAUUGAAAAAACUAUGAAAGAAAAAGAAGAACUGCUAAAGAUAACUACUUCACUUGAAAAGGAAACUUUGCAACUCAGAGAUCAAGUUGAAAGACUGGAGAAAGAACUUACCCGUGAAAAGGAAAGAUGUGAUCAAUAUGAAGCACAGCAAAAGCAUAAUUUUAAAACUGUAGAAACUCUUAAAACUGAAAAUGAAGAAUUCAAGAAAAAAUACGAGGAAGCUACUUCAAAAGUUGUCCAACUUGAAGAAGACAUCAUGACUGUUACUCAGAAAGCAAUUGCAAAAGAAACAGAGUUAGACAGCCUAAAAGAUAAACUCAAGAAAGUAGUCCUUGAAAAGGAACAGCUUGAAUGCCAGCUAAAGACAGAGAAGGAUGAGAAGGAACUCUACAAGAUACAUUUGAAAAACACAGAAAUUGAAAACACCAAACUAGCUUCAGAAGUCCAGACACUAAAGAAUUUGGAUGGAAACAAAGAGAACCUGAUAGCUUAUUAUAAAGAAGAGAUUGGCAGGUUACAGCUGUGUGUGGCCGAAAAAGAAAAGUUAAAGAGAGCUUUCUUGCUUACUUCAUCAAACAAGGAAGAGGCAAGCAUCUUAAAGGAACAGCUUCGGAAAGCUGAGGAUCAGAUUCAAGCAAGUAGGCAGGAAGCUUUGUUGAUGUCCAAAGAACUCAGUGAUGCAGUAAAUGUGCGCGAUAAAACCAUGGCAGAUCUUCAUAAUGCUCGACUGGAAAAUGAGAAAGUGAAGAAGCAACUUGCUGAUGCUCUAGCUGAGCUUAAAAAAACCACUCUUGCAAAUAAUGAACAAGAAGCAUCAAAUGUUGUAGAGAAAGAACUGCGCAGGGAAGUCGAAGACUUGAAGCUCCGCCUGCAGAUGGCUGCUGAACAUUACAAGGAAAAAUUUAAGGAAUGUCAGAAGCUGCAGAAGCAAAUCAAUAAACUUGUAGACCAGACAAGUAUUGCAGGGAAGCAGCAGAAUUUAACAGAUGGCUCAAAUAGUGCAACUCCUGCGGUCGAGACUGGAGGUGAAAAGUUGUCUGCCUCUCAAGUUUUGGAGUUUUCAGAAAAGGAGCAAGAUCAUGACAAGAAAAAAGAAACUGCUGAAAAAGCAGAGAAGUAUAUGAAAUGCAAGGAGAUGUCUGAUGAAAAAUUGAAAUGCAGUGUCUAUGCUGAUGAAUUAGCUAAGUUGGAGCUAAAGUGGAAGGAGCAAGUGAAAAUUAAUGAGAGUAUGAAGCAACAGCUAGCUGCAGUGGAAGACCAAUACCUAGUUCAGUUGGCAGAAAAGGACAGACAGAUAAAUGAGCUGACAUCCCAUUUGGGAAUCCUUAGCAGUGGGAAGAAUCUUGGAAGGAGACCAGAAAACCAAGCAGAAAGAAUCACUGAAGGACAGAUGUCUCAGCAAGCAUUAUUUUUCCUCAAUUCUGAUGAUGAUGGACAGGUGCCUGCUGUGCCUGCUAGACUACCAGUGCUUCAAUAUGGCAACCCGUAUACAACCCAGGGAACAAGAGAUGGGGCAGAUGGUGCUUUUUACCCUGAUGAGAUCCAGAGACCGCCUGUACGAGGACCUUCUUGGGAAAUAGAGGACAACGUAGUGUGCAGUCAGCCUGCUCGCAACCUCAGUCGGCCUGAUGGUUUAGAAGACCCCGAGGAUAGCAAUGAUGAUGAAGCAAAUGCACCUUCUGUUCCUGAUCCACCAAACCUUCGCUUACAGGAGCGUGGAACAGGUUUCUGUUUUGAUUCCAGCUUCGUGCACAUCAAGAAGUGCCCACUCUGUGAAGUGAUGUUUCCUCCUAACUAUGAUCAGACCAAGUUUGAAGAACAUGUUGAGAGUCACUGGAAGGUGUGUCCAAUGUGCAAUGAGCAAUUCCCUCCUGACUAUGACCAGCAAGGCUUUGAAAGACAUGUUCAAACACACUUUGAUCAGAAUGUGUUAAAUUUUGACUAGGUGUGGGCAGUUUAGCUUAGACAGAACUUGAAUGAACGAGUUCCAAAAGCCGCUAUUAUAACUCAAGGUAAGCUUCUUAUUUAAAGGCUACUGUCAGUAAACAAGUGCUGUGCAUUGCAGUUGAUUCAAAGUAAACCUUUGGCCUGUUAGCAAGUUUUGGGUCAGCCUUUUUACACCUAGCAUACACCCAGAUCUCUCGUGGUAUCUCUCAAUAUUUAUUCCCUUGCUAACAAAAUGUAGAACAACACCGGAAACUGACAGACUUGUGCAGAAACCUCAGAAGUCCAGUUGGUAGAAAUAGCAGGUGAUUUUACUCUUGCUUGUGCUACUUAAGAGUAUGAUUAAAUUUCUCAUUCCAUAAUAAACCAAGGUUCCUCUGUAAUCUUGUGUAUUCUUUCAUCUAAUUGUUGAUUCUGAGUUGCAUAACUUAUCAAAUGGAAGUAGUUUUUACAUCUAUUUCAGAAAUCUAGUUGCAUUGAGAUUUACAUGCUUGCAAAACUUCUGCAUAGCAAUGUCCACAUGAAUAUUAUCCCUUCCUGCAAGCAUCAUGUGCUCUAGACAUUUACCUACUAUAUCUUCUGCACUUGGAGCUAAUACAAAAUAAAUGUAUAAAAAUGGCUACCAUUUUGGCUUCAUUUGUACUUGGUAGAUUUUACCAUGUGUAAGCAGCUUUUUUCAUUCUGGCAAGUUAUGUUCAUAGGGACUAAGGUUUCUAGAAUCUUCUGCAUUCUAAUUUGCCCAUUCCCCCAUCAUAUUUGUGGUGUGUAUCUAAAACACUAUAUUUUUAGAGAGUUAAUCUGUAAUUUGUUCCUUUUGGAUAAAAUUAUUCACUUUUCUGUUGUACAAUAGUAAAAUUAAAGACCAAACACUAAAUAUUGUCUGUGUGGUUUUAUUACUAGGCCCCUUUGCAUGUAUAAAGUUCCAUAAAAUCAUGGCUGAGAUUUUCCAGAGAAGCUUUGGUCAGGGAUGGCGCAGAAUUGGUUCCCCUCCCAUGCAAACAGGAGGGUCUUGUACUUGAACUAUGGGAUCUUUUGAAUGUUCUGUCUUUAUACUUUGCCUUGACAAACUAAUUAAUAAAAAAUGCAUUAA